AUGGUUAUGCGUCCUAGUCGAAUUUUCCUGGUAUCUUCCUCGUUAGUAUAUGAGAUGGAUGAAAAAAUCCUUAUCGUUGGGCUGACUUGCUUAGAUAUUGUCAAUUAUGUUGAAAGCUAUCCAGUUGAAGACGGUGAUUCACGGGUAGUGAAGCAGGUUUGGACCACUGGAGGCAACGCUACCAACAAUAUUACUGUUUUAAAUCAACUCAAUUCUCACUCAGUAUUGUUUUCUUCGAUUCCAGCUCAGUGUCCAGUGCUCGAAUCAUUGUUGAAAGGAGCUGGUAUAAAAACAAAUUAUUGUAUUCGUCGCUCAAAUUCUGAAUUACCAAUUUCAACAAUUAUUGUAAGUGAGAGCACUGGUUCAAGAACUAUUUUGCAUUACAGGGGCCAGCUACAAGAACCGAAUUGCAGAGAAUUUCAAGAUGCUUUUCCAGACAUAAGCAGAUUUUCUUGGAUACACUUUGAGGGAAGAAACUUUGAGAAUGUUAUUUCGAUGAUACGACAUGUUCGAAAAAUGAGGCAAAAUAACGAAAAGCCUACAAUUUCUUUGGAAUGUGAAAAAGUUCGAAAUUUUCCAACACUCGAAGAUGCAAUCCCUCUUGUAGAUGUUCUCUUUAUAUCAAAAGAUUUUGCAAGAAACAAAGGAUUUCGAAGCAAAGAGCAAGGAGUUAGUGGUAUACAAGAAAAAUAUUGUGCUUCCAAUGUCAUCGUAAUUUGUCCAUGGGCUGAGAAGGGAGCAGCUGCUCGAUCAACUUCAGAGGAUGAGAUGAUAUCUGUGAAUAGUUAUCAUGAAAAUAAAGCUGCUAUUGAUACGGUGGGAGCUGGGGAUUGCUUUAUCGCAUGCUGUAUUCAUUACUUAAACGAAGGAUGUGGGCUCCGUGAGACACUGAGGAAAUCCUGUCGAAUUGCAGGUAAAAAGGUGACGCAAAGAGGACUACUUGAUUUAGAUUUGAGCUAG